GGCACCGAACCGAAAGACGAAAGCCUCACCAAAGCGCGCAACAACAAUAAAGAGGCGCCUCCCCGCGGUCUCCGCCACGACCCGGCCCGCGAGAGAAACACCAAAGCCCGCGGAGACCACGGCGAUGGAGCACUACGAGAGGCUGGAGAAGAUCGGCGAGGGCGCGUCGGGCGUCGUCUACAAGGCCCGGUGCCGCCGUACGGGCGCCGUCGUCGCCGUCAAGCGCCUCCGCGGCUACUGCGGCAACGAGGACGCCGAGGAGGAGGAGGUCUUCCUCCGCGAGGCGCGCUGCCUGGAGGCGUGCCGCGGCCACCCGUCCCUCGUCGAGCUCCGCGCCGCGCACCUCGACCAUGCCGCUGGCGGCGUGGCGGCGUUCCUGGUGAUGGAGUACGUCGGGCCGAGCCUGGCGCAGGCCAUGCGCGAGCGCGGGCGGCCGUUCCCGGAGGCCGAGUGCCGCCGGCUCAUGCGGCAGCUCCUCGAGGGCGCCCGCGCGAUGCACGAGUCCCUCGGCGUCCUGCACCGCGACCUCAAGCCGGACAACGUCCUCGUCGACGCCCACGGCAACCUCAAGAUCUGCGACUUCGGCAUGUCCCGCUUCUUCGCCAAAGACACCACCAAAUCCACGGCGCCGUACACGUCGCCCGUGGUGACGCUGUGGUACCGGGCGCCGGAGCUGCUGCUGGGCUCGCGGGACUACGACGCCGGCGUCGACACGUGGGCGCUGGGCUGCAUCAUGGCCGAGCUCCUCUCGGGGGGCGCGCCGCUCUUCCCCGGGAGGUCGGAGAUGGACCAGCUCAACAGGGUGUUCGACGCGGUCGGCAUGGGCGGCAUCGAGUCCUGGCCCGGCUUCGCGCGCCUGCCACGCGCCGGCUCGCCGCUCUGCGCACGCCCCCGGCCGCCCAGCCGGCUCAGGGAGAUGUUCCCGGCCUUGUCCGCCGCCGGUUUCGACGUCCUCAGCGGGCUGCUGGAUUGCAGGCCGGACACGAGGCUCAGCGCCGCGGACGCGCUCCGGCGUCCCUGGUUCACGGACGCCACCGCCGCUGACUCGCCUGACCAGCAGCCCCGCAAUGCCUGCGGCGCUCGCUUCGCCGCGCGUGUCGGUGGCGCGGCUGCUGCUGAUGCAAUCGUUGUGUAGAAUACUCUAGAACAGAACGGAAUCACAGCAGAGCAGGCGACCUAGCUAGUCUGCUAGUGAUCAAAAUAUUCUUUUUAAAAUCCGUUGAAGAUUCGUUGCGGUUGAGUGUACAGGUUUGGUGGCGGCUUUGUAUCCGUGCGUUCGGCUAAUUUAAUUGAUACUCCACUGUGCUGCUGCUGUUGUUGCA